AUGCCCUCUGUCCCUUUGCCAGGCCUGCUUCUUCCAGGACAGGACUGUUUCCCCAGAGAAGGAAAGGCCUGGGGCACCAGAGUCAGUCCAAAAAAGCCUUUCAAAGGACAGAGCUCCGCAUCAAGAUGGAGUCAAACCAUCGUGGCAACCAAGACCAAAGCCCAACCUCGCCUGUUGGGCCCCAGCCCAUGUCACCCCGGGGCAGCCUCACAGGGUUGUCAGCACCAGGCUUGUUCCCUCCGGCCACCAACCAGUUUGGCGUGGAUGGGACCGUGCGAUUCCAGCCAGAGGGCUCCAACCAUGCCCUGUAUCCCGGAGGAACUGUGCCAAGUGGCGCUAGGUCCGACACCCUGUUUGAGGCCUUCCAACCUCGCCCACCGCCGGACGGAUCCCACCCUGCCAGGCCUGAGGAGUGGACGCUGGGCCGCCCGAGCCAACCGCUCUCCCUGGAGAUCAACCGGACCCCACCUGAGGGAUCUGGGGCAACUUCAGCAUACAGCACCCCAAAUCUACGUUCUCCAGUAGAACUGCGUCCGCUCUCCCCAGCCUCAGGCGGCUCUUCCCUUUCCAGCUCUUCCCCUUCUAUGAAACUCAACCAGUCGCCGAGCAGGGGCAUGCGCCCAGAUCUAUGCACCUUGGACCCUGGGCCCUCAGGCAUCGUGGCACCAGUGGAACUGAAGGACACCAUCCCCAAAGCCGAGUCCAGCGACCACAUCUGCCUAAGCCGCUCGGCCUCAGCCCACCGUCCCGUCUCCCUCCCCAAAGCCAUCUCCAGCGAGUACCUCUCCAGCGGGAGGGUGGGCCCCUCCAAAACUUCCAUGCUCUCCAAAGCCGAAUCGGAGGAACUGGUCUCCUGUGCCCGGGUGAGGCAUUCCCCCAAAUCCCAGGACCUCUGCAACAGCAACAGGAACACCAAAGAACGGUUUUUGGCACCUCUCAGCAAGCCCCCAAACAAGCAGGAGGAUGCGUUUUGCAUCACGGUGGUCACCUGGAACGUUGGAACGGCCAUGCCUCCCAGUGACGUAACCUCCCUCCUGCACCUCAACACGGGAGACUCCAACGAUACCGACAUGAUCGCCAUUGGGCUGCAGGAGGUGAACUCCAUGAUCAACAAGCGCCUGAAAGAUGCCCUCUUCACUGACCAGUGGAGCGAACUAUUCAUGGAGGUGCUGAGCCCCUUUAAUUUUGUCCUGGUGAGCACCGUGCGGAUGCAAGGGGUCAUCCUGAUGGUCUUUGCCAAGUACUACCACCUGCCCUUUCUACAAGACGUCCAGACAGACUGCACUAGGACAGGACUCGGGGGAUACUGGGGCAACAAGGGUGGGGUAAGCGUGCGCCUCUCGGUCUUUGGGCACAUGGUGUGCUUCCUCAACUGUCACCUGCCAGCACACAUGGAGAAGGCGGAGCAACGCAGGGAGGACUUCACCACCAUCCUCCACCUCCAGCAGUUUGAGGGACCCUCGGCCAGCGGGAUCCUCGACCACGACCUUGUCUUUUGGUUCGGGGAUCUCAACUUCCGUAUCGAGAGCUUGGAUAUCCGCUUUGUGAAAUACGCCAUCGACAACAACAUCCUUCAUCAGCUCUGGGAGAAGGACCAGCUGAACAUUGCUAAGAACACCUGGCCCAUCCUCAAAGGCUUCCAAGAAGGCUCCCUCAAUUUCCCCCCAACCUUCAAGUUUGACGUGGGAACAAACGUGUACGACACCAGCGCCAAGAAGCGGAAGCCAGCUUGGACGGACCGCAUCCUGUGGCGGAUCAAGGGCUCCACAGGGCCCAGCCAUCCAGGGAGGUCCAGCUGCAGUGUCCUGGGUGUGACCCAGCUCUGCUAUUGCAGCCACAUGGAAUACACUGUGAGCGACCACAAGCCGGUGGUCUCCAUCUUUGCAGUGCAGUUUGCUUCCAGAGCUGAUGUGCCUCUGGUGGAAAUUCAAGUGGCUGAUGAAUGGACAAAACCAGAGCAAGCCGUCAUCAGGUGCAGGAUCUCACCAGCAUACCACCGCAGCUCAUGGGACUGGAUUGCCCUUUAUCGGGUGGGUUUCCGGCAUUACAAGGACUACAUUGCCUAUGUGUGGGCCAAGCAGGAAGACACGGAUAGCAACGUUUUCCAGUUAAUGUUUCCAGAAGAGUCUCUGCCCAAAGGGAAAGGAGACUACAUCUUGGGCUACUAUAGCAACAACUACAGCAGCAUGGUUGGUGUGACAGAACCUUUCCAGAUUUUGAUGCCCUCACUGGAGCAAGGCAACAGCCCCACCGACAGUUCGAGCUCCACCUCGGACGACGAGGACGACAGCACCCUGGUGCUCCUGGGUCCCAAAUCCCGCAGCCCAAGCCCCGGGAAGAUGAACCACCACCGUAGCCGCAGCCCCAGCUUGGCCAAAUUCCAGGGCCUGAUCUUGCGGUCCUCCAGCCGGGACCAGGGCACCAGCCGAAGCCCUUCGCCCCAGGGCCGCCGCAGCACCUUCCUCAAGGGCGAGAUCCCCAGCAUCCAGUUUUCCAAGGACAGUCCCCGGCACCGCUCCAAAUCACGGGAGCCGGGCCCAAGUGCCGAAGCGGGUCCCCGGCUCCAGGCUGCCUGGCGCUUUGACGAGAACCCCUUGUCCCGGGCCGACCCCCGCAACCUGGGCCUGCUGCCAGCCGUGCGCCUGGAGACCAUUGAUCAAGUCAUGGGCCACCGUCGAGAGAGCGCCGACCAGGGUCUGCCAUCCCGGAGGAUGAGCCCCACAAGCCCAACGUCUGGGCUUGCGGCCCUCUUUAGCACCUCCCCUCAGGAAGGAAGUUCCCAAAGCCCCCAAGGUCCCAGCAACCACACCCGGGAUGCCACAGGACACUGAGGGGAGGGAGCCUGCCGGCGUGAACCCGCUGUCGUGCCAUCCCGUGUCGCACGCUUGCAGUGUCCUCCCUCCUGGUGUCCUGUCCAUGCUCAGCUGUGUGUGUGUGUGUGUGUCCUUUCUCAGUCUCUCUCUCUUUCUCCCCCCUUCCUGGUGUGAUAUAAGCACCAGGCAAGGGGCCACCACUUCUGGGCCCUGCCUCUGUCCACUUGACAAUCAGCCCCAUCCGGCACCGAAGGAGGACAGGUAGCGCCAGUCCAAGGCCGUGUCCCUCAGGCCUUUUCCAACCCUGUGUGAGCCCUCCAAUCUCCCAAUCCUGACUCCGGACUUUUUGCACUGAGAAAUCCUCCUCCAGCUGCCUCUCCUUUUGGGUCUCCCUCUGCUCUUGCUCCACAGCACACAGAUGGGGGCAAAGAACACUCCCCUUCCAAAGAGCUAAGGAGGAGAAGUAAAAAAAGAUAGCAUUUUUAAAAAAAGGACCAGUGGUUACAGGGCAGGUGUGGGUCUUGUCCUGGGCCCACUUUUGGAAAGAGCGGAAGGAGAUUCUAGGCCAAGCCUUGCUUUACUGGCCGGCAUCAAAGCUCAGAGUACGGGUGCGGCACAGGGCAGUGACAUCCUCCUACACCCUGAUUUAUGGAAGUCAUCACGUCACCCGAUCGGUGCGACAAAAGGAGGGGGGAGAUUGGCAUGUUGUGAGGCAGGGAGGCCCGAUCCUUUGAGGCUAGGAGCAGGCACCUGAGCCAGCCUGCUCCUUCCGAAGCAGCAGCUGUGACAAAGGGGGGCUCAGCUAUGUUUCUCAGGACGGCUCUUCCCAGCGGGAAGGAAGCGGAUGUCCCACAACCCAUUGAGAUGGGUUCUGGCUGCUGCUUCAAGCAUGGUGUCAAGGGAAAGCUUUUUGUGUGUGUGUGUGUGUGGUGGUAGUGGGGGGAGAGUGUCUUGAGGCCAAGCCUGAGCCAAGGUGCCUUGGAACCAGGGAUGAAGAAAGCUGCCAAGGGGAUUUUAGGGGGGAAGGGGAGGACGGGGGCUGGUCUCCCCCACAGACAGAUCCAUGAUCUUCGCUGGGACGA